AUGCGUGCCUCCAAGACCUUCAUCGCCAGCAGUGCGUUGGCAUUCGCUGCAGCGCAGAACAACAGCAACAGCGACCCGACCCUCACUGCUCUCAUUGGAGACACCCCUUCGCUGUCUGGCCUUGGAACAAUCCUCCAGGCGUAUCCCAACAUUGCUCGGUCCCUAGGCAAUGCGGAGAAUGUGACCGUCUUUGCUCCGAACAACGCCGCGAUCUCUGAACUACAGUCCUCUGGGUUGCUAGACGAUGCCACGGAAGACGACGUCGCCGCCAUCCUCAACUACCAUGUCCUGCAAGGUAUGGUAUACUCCUCGGCGAUCUCGGAGACGCCAGUGUUCGCACCGACGCUCCUGGACGAUGAGAUGUACGCCAACGUGACGGGCGGCCAGGUCGUGGAGGUCGCUCUCGACGGCCAGGACGUCGUCCUCACGUCAGGUCUGAAGCUCGAAUCGACCGUGGUGCAGGCUGACGUCAACUACACCAACGGUGUUGUACAUAUCAUCGACAGCGUACUGCAGGUCCCGCGCAACGUCUCGACGACCGCAAUUGGGGCUGGCUUGACCGCGCUCGCCGGCGCUCUCACCCUUACCGAUCUGGUUGAUACAGUGGAUGGAUUGAGCGACGUGACAAUCUUCGCUCCAACCAAUGCCGCCUUCCGGGCUAUUGGUCGCACUGCCGCCAACCUUAGCACUUCAGACCUGACGGACAUCCUUACCUACCACGUCAUCAACGGCACAGUGGUCUACAGCGCCGAUAUCACCGAAGGCUCUGUCACCACUCUGCAGGGCGAUGAUGUUGAGAUCACCGUCGAGGACGAUGCCGUCUUCGUCAACGGCGCACGUGUCAUUCUUGCCGAUGUGCUUGUCGCCGGAGGUGUGGUCCACGUCAUCGACUCUGUCCUCAACCCAGCCAACGCAACCGCCGAGGCGGACCCAUCCGCGACCACUGGCGUUGUGCAGUUCAGCGGCGCUUCCUCGGCCUCGGCAACCCCGUAUACCUCUGGGAUUCCAACUGCGUCGACUACCAACCCUGGCUUGACCCAGACGACGAAUGAGGUGGCUGCAACUGGCGGCUCCGGAGGCAACGGUGGUAGCGGCAGUGGCAGCUCGAGCUCGAGCUCUGGUAUUGCAGCGCUGCCUACUGGUGCGGUUGGCGCUGCGGCCCUCUUCGGUGGUGCUGCCUUCCUUGCCAACUGGUAG